UUAUUGUGAAGGACAAAUGAUAAAUUUUUUCAGCCAAUGAAAAGCAAGAUUUGGACCAAUGAGCGAUUGAAUUUUGCGCUGUGAACGGUACUGUUAUGUUUUUUGGGGGUAUAUAUUUGAGCACAAUGUACGAAAGACCUCAGUCAUUGAAAGCUUGCAGUUGUGACAUAAUUUCUUAGCUCAAAUUCUCAAAACAAUGGAAGCUCUUCAAGAUUUCGUCGAGUUGCUGACAAAUUCCGGUGUUCCUGAAAUUGCUGAGCAAAUUUUGGGCUAUCUAGAUUACAAAGAUUUGAAAAAUGCAGAGUUGGUUUGUAAAUUGUGGCAUGACGUUAUUCGAAAUGGGAGAAAUUGGAAGCGUUGUCUGGAAAAGAUGCUGUGCAAUCCUACUUUGAAGAAGUUAUAUAGUCGUUACAUUAACGAGCCUAGUACGCAUCAGCGCAUCAACGUUCAAAUUAAGGAUCAUAUUUAUUUUAAAGCGGCUUGUCACACUGUCAUGCGUUACCAUCAGCGACUCCUUUACAACUGGAUGAGUGGUGCCCAGCAAGAGGAGUUGUCAGAAGGGAUUAACGUUUUUGGGAGAAAGGUUUCUUUUGAUAUGAAUUCUCGGUACAUUGUGAUUGGUCAAAUGGAUGGAAAAAUCCUUGUUCGGAAUCGGGAAGACGCGACACUCGAACACCGUCAUACUCCGGAGUUUAAACUGGAAGGAUCACAAUCAGAAAUUCGUUGCAUGCAGCUGAAUGAAAAUAACCUUCUUGUCUGCGGAGGACGUAGAGGCGUAAUUACUUUUUGGGACGUUCAUUUGGGAAAAUUUCUAAAACGCUUUACAGCAAAUGAAACCUACAAUACAGACCAUUUGCGAUUUGGAAAUGACCUCCUAAUAACGGGUUCCAAUUCACAGGAAACCCAUCAAAGUCGUCUUACCAUCUGGGACAUAAGAAACAUAUCUCAAAUUUCACACAAAGAUGAAAUUGUGUUCCUGGAGCAAUCAAUUUUUGGGUUGGGAAUGGACGAGAGAUUUAUUGUUUUGCUUGUUGGCAAGGAAUCAAUUUUCGAAGUUCAAGUCAGGCUUACGCAAGACCCUUUGAUUCUCGUUCAUUCUAUGAUAUUCCGCUCACAUGCGUUUUGUGGAUUUCACUACGAAGAUGGAUUCGUUGCCGCUGGCUCCUAUGACGGGAAAAUAAGAAUAUGGGAUGCUGAAACUGGAAAUUGUAAGCGAAUUUUGCUUCGACCUUCAUAUGAUUCGGGUCCAAUACGACUGAGGUUCAAUUCUAGGUUUCUUGUUACCAACAAUGCCCAGGGAAUUAGUAUCUGGAACUUUAAGGAGGCAGUCAGCAACUUCUUAUCUCCCUAUACGAAACUUCUCUAUUGUUCCUUCCAGACGCGUUCGGGAUCACAACCGGAACAAUGGUCUUUCCUAAUGGACGAUUUUGAGAUCAUUAGAUUUGAGCAUUCUUUAAUAACUGAUCUGCUACCAGAUCUACCAGGUAGACACAGGGGGAAGAGCUUCGUUGUAAGGCAUCAUUUUCUAAGUCAGUGGUUUUACUGAGACUUUUUUUCUCCAACUUUUACUGUUACAUUAUUUUUUUGUUUUUAAAAAUUCCACUUUUAGUUUUUUUUUAAACUAAUUGACUCGCGAUUAAAAUUUCACACUUUCGGUUUUAUUUAGUCUGAUAGUGUUUUUAUUUUUAUGAUGAUUGAAUUAUGUGACUACUGUAUUUCACCAUUUUAUAUUUUAAUUGUACUUCUGACUAAUACAUUUUCUUUCACACGCA